AUGAUGUCCCCAGCCACCCUCUGCCUCGUCGCUGCGCUCCUGCCCGCUGCCUCCGGCUACCUCUGGGCCUGGAUGUACUCCUUGCCCCAACACCUCCCCGACGAAGCCGCGCUGGGCAGGAGCGCCGGCCACGCUGAUGGGAUGGAGGAGGUGACCCCGUGCAGCCCCGCCAGCCCCUGCGCCCACGGGCAUUUCUGCGAUGAGCACUUCGGGCUGUGUCUGCCCACGCGCCCCAUCGGGCAGUACUGCCGCCGCGACGCCCACUGCGCCCACGGCCUCCUCUGCAUGUUCGGGAAGUGCCAGCAGCCCGUGGCCCGCGGGCAGGAGGGAGCUCGGUGCCAGCGGGACGAGGACUGCGGCGCGGGCGGGUGCUGCGCGCGGCAGCACGGCGAGCGGGUGUGCCAGCGGCGCCUGGCGCUUGGCGAGAGCUGCCACGUCCCCCCCGGGGGUUUGGCCUUCAGCAUCAACCAGGUCUGCCCGUGCCAGGAUGGGUUGGUCUGCAGGGCCACCGCGCCCGGCCGAGAGAAGGCGUUUGAGUACUGGCCUGAGAAGAGCGAGUGGAGGUGCCGCAAACCCUGA